AUGCUCGGGACUGUCCUACUUAUGAACGAGGCCGCCCCGAGCCGGCGGACAAAAGCACCGCUUUCCGAAACGCUGUGGAAGUCUGGGUCGGCGUCAAUUCUGAGUGAAGAGGCUCCAGGAGCGGCGACGGAUAGCAGCAGGAAGUCUGCAGAGGCAACAGAAGACGGCUCUAGGCCAGACGCAACAGAGGUUGUCCCACACUGGUGGCGGGAAACUUGCACGAAAGAGCCUUACGACCAAGGGGAAGCAUUGUGUUAUGUGGGUGCGACGGUGGUACUUCGCAUUGAGCUCGCAAGGAGUCCUUGUGGGGCCCUCUUGGACACUGGGGCUUCGAGAAGUUUCAUUAGUCCUAAAACAGUCGAGCGACUGGAGCUGAAGGUGCGGAGACUUCCAGAAGAGUAUAGGUUCACCGUAGCUACAGGUGCACAAUUGCGCAUUGAUCGGGUUGUAACGGGAUUGACGAUACGGAGGUAUAAGUCCCACGCUAAGACUAAGGCGAAGGCGCGGAUAACGUCGCUCGUUCGUCAGGCGGCGGACGACACUAAUGAUCUCAGGACUCCAUUGCACGGUUUGCAUCUCAUACUGGCUUUGCCCGAAGCUUGUUCAGCAGUGCCCUUAAGGCUCUCGGAUGAAUGGCAAGGCGCGCUUUGUUGCGCGUUGAUAGGGAGUCAACCCACGUCCUCCGGCUGCCGUAAUCCUUUGGCCUCAACCGCCUCGGUGGCAGCGGAGAGUGACGAGGAGUCUCCCUGGCCUAUGGCAAAACUCGAGCACACUCUAUUCGACGAAUGGAUAAAUUCGACAGAGGCGCAGCACACUCUAUUCGACGAAUGGAUAAAUUCGACAGAGGCGCAGGAUAUUCCAUGUGAGGUUGCCCAGGUGUUGCACGAGUAUCGGGCGGUUUUUCCCGAUACCUUACCUAAAGGCUUACCUCCGAAGCGCCCUCAUGAUCAUCAUAUUAUCCUGGCGCCUGGAAAACUCCCAGAGAGAUCUGCAAUCUACCGUAUAACCCCAGAUCAGCUCACUUUCCACAAACAGGAGAUAACUAAAUUAUCGGAUAGUGGUUGGAUCGGACCGACCUAUUCGCCUAUGUGCUCUCCUACGAUCAUGGUGGACAAACGUGAUGAUGGCUCCGGGGAGCGGAAGAUGCGUAUGGUUGUUAAUCACCAGGCUCUAAAUGCCCUUACGAUAGCCCCUGAUUUUCCACCACCUCCCAUUCAAACCAUUCUGGAGCUGCUGGGAGGCGCCAAGUAUUUUUCCACUUUGGAUCUUGAAGCAGAUUCCAUCAAAUACGUAUGGCUAAGGAAGACCGGUGGAAGACGGCUUUCUGGUCCGUUCUCGGACUAUUCGAGUACCGCGUGA